CCAUAAAUUAGAGUCAUCGAAAAUAUUAAAACAAUAAUAAUUAGUAUCAAUAAUGUAAGAAUGACUGUAAAACAAUUAUCUCUAAUAUCUCUUGCGGAAACGGCAAAAUUUUACACGUCACUGUGUCUAGGUACAGUUGCCUUCUUAUCAGUUUUUGCCUUUUUAUUCUUGAUUCCUUUCGUCGUUGAUCCGGCAAUUAACAGUCUUCUUGCCGAUUACGAACCAGAACCAGUGACUUGUGUGACUACCGAUCAUAUUUACGCCGAAGGUCUUCGUAACUGCUCUUGGUCAUCGUGUAGAGAGGGUUGUACAAGGGAAGCAACGAAAUGUCAUCAGAUUUACGUUAACUAUUCUAGACUUCCCUUUCGAGAAUGGAGACCGUGGAUCGCAAUCCAAUGGGACGUUAGCGAUACAAGAUUUCUGAUAAACACCGAAGGAUGCGGUUAUCCUCCCAAUACAAACUGCUCCGAUUUUGCCCGACAAUAUGCUUAUAAGUUUUCCGGCACGCCAUUUCCUUGCUAUUAUAGUCGAACGUACCCCGAAAUUGUUGUGGCCAGAUAUUCAUGGGACGAUACGCUGAGACAUUUGGUGUUAUCUAUUGCAAUACCGAACUUAUUAUUCUUCGCUUCAGUAGGAAUGUUAAGCUACUGGUACUGUCCAGGAUGCGGCACUUCUUGCAACAAAUACGUCCACCAUUUUCCCACAGAAGAUGAGGAGUAUGAUGAUGAUGGUUAUUAAAGUGCAAUAUUACCUAAUUAUAACUUGAUUAAUUAAACCUGGUAUACACAUGUAAUUACGUACAUAAUCACGUAUAGCUUUACAUUGUACAAAACGUUCCGCUGUUUCGAAGUUUAAAGUUACUUGUACUUAUUAAUUAAGAAAAUCAACGAAUUGCGAAACGUGUAUUAGUAAUUAAUAAAUUAUGAUAUAUUUCUUCGAUUCACAAGUGUUUUGUGUGACUUUUAAUUUAACGAUCGCUUGUACAAAUGCCUUUUAAAAAAAUAAAUUAAAUAAAUACCGAUUUU